AUGGCAGACAAUACCUCUUCGUCGACUCCGACGUUGCUGUCAUCGUCGGGCUGCUCUGCUGUUAGCGGCACCUACAAAGGCAUGAGCCCAGAUCCCGCCGAGAAAACAACCGGUCCUACUCUCGGUUACGGGGCUACCUGCCAUUUUACGGCUCCAGCUGCCUCGCUCGAUCUGCCGACUGACUGGACCUUAAAUGAACGACAGCUUUGCGAGGUCGAGUUGAUAGUGAGCGGCGCAAUGGCGCCGCUCAAUGGUUUUAUGGACGAACGAUCUUAUCGUAGCGUCUGCACGGAAAUGAGGCUUCCAACAGGAGAAAUUUUCCCCAUUCCGAUUGUUCUUGCCAUUCCAAAGAGCGCCAGCAAGCCCAACGUGCACUGGUUGCAGCAGCACUCGGAAUGUGACAAAGAUUCGUCCGACUGCCCUGCAGCCCAAGGCGCCGUGAUCAAAUUGCGAAACAAUGUCGGGACGGUGAUUGCGGAGCUGAAAGUUGCUUCUGUUUUUGAACCUAAUCUGCAGUGGGAACAAGAGCUGGUGUUGGGCACGACGGACACGAAUCACCCUUACGUAGAAUAUAUGAACACCAACUACAAAGACUGUGUGUACGUUGGUGGUGACCUUGUUCCAAAAGCGCCUAUCGAGCAUUUUGACUACGAACGAUAUAGGCUUUCUCCUGCCCACGCCAAGGCAGAGAUCAAGAAAAGAAACUGGGAAGCCGUAGUAGGAUUUCAAACAAGGAAUCCCAUGCACCGGUCUCAUUACGAGUUAACCAAGUUUGCACUGGCGAAAGUUCAGGCAGAACUAUCGAAACAACCCCACCUUCUGCUCACGCCAGCCGUUGGGCCUACGCAACCAGGAGACGUCCCGUAUCCUGUGAGGGUGCGUUGUUACGAAAAAAUUCUAAAAUAUUAUGGAGAGGAUGAGGUGAUGAUGGCGCUGAUCCCCAUUCCCAUGAGGAUGGCUGGGCCACGAGAGUGUGUAUGGCAUGCUCUCAUCCGGAAGAAUUUUGGAUGCACGCACUUCAUCGUAGGCCGUGACCAUGCUGGCCCGAGCACGCUCACAAAAGAUGGAAAAAAAUUCUACGACCCGUACGAGGCGCACAGACUACUGGCAACCGUUGCGGCAGAUUUGGGAAUUGUUCCGGUUUUUGGCCACGAGAUGGUUUACCUUGGGGAAGGGAAAGGCUACUGUUCGGCUAAUGCAGUCACGGAAGAGGAAAAAGGUUUCAUGAAGACCAUAUCGGGAACACAAUUGCGGCGGUUGUUAGAGGAGAGGAAAAACAUCCCCACCUGGUUUUCUUUCCCCGAAGUGGUGGAUGAACUCAGAAAAUUUUACAAGCCAAACUACCAACGAGGGCUCUGCAUCUAUUUCACGGGACUUCCCUGCUCAGGAAAGAGCACCUUGGCGCAGGCUCUGGAAGCCGUGCUCUCGGAGAGAGAAGAAGAGACAAGACGUAUAACUCUUUUGGACGCGGACGUCGUCCGCCAGCAUCUCUCCAGAGGAUUAGGCUUCUCAAGGGAAGACAGGAGUACAAACGUGCGGCGAAUAGGCUACAUUGCCUCCGAAAUCGCGAAACAUGGAGGAAUAUGUCUGGUGGCGAACAUUGCGCCUUACGCUGUAGACCGGGAUUUCAAUCGGAAUCUAAUCACAUCAACAGGUGGCCAGUACAUAGAGGUCUACGUCAGCACUCCUUUGAGUGUCUGCGAGCAAAGAGAUGUAAAAGAAUUGUACAAGAAGGCACGGCAAGGAAUUAUUAAACAGUUUACGGGAAUAUCCGACCCGUAUGAACCUCCGAGGAAUGCAGAAGUUGUGAUUGAUUCUAGCUCAAACCUGAAGGAGAAAAUAGGCAUGAUAGUGAAGUUUCUCACCGAGAAAGAAUUUGUUCUUCCUAGGGGUAUGCCAGCAUGA